AAAAACUGACUUUUUGAUACUGGCUGGCGGCACGUACGAUGCGUACGAUUGGCAUCGCCUUCUUGGCGCAGCUGCUGGCGGCGACGGCGGAGUGGUCUGGCAGCAGCUUCAGCGAUGGCAACUUUCGAGUGCAGAGUGCCUGCAGCGCCUUGUUGCAUGGUGAGAUGUUUACCUUCGGAGGACGAGGCUUUGACAACUCUGUGGCGUCGCCCAGCUUCGACUACAUCAACCAGAUCUGGGCCUACAACGUCACCAGCGACACCUGGCGCAACGCCUCAGCCGCUGGGGCCCCGACGGAACGCUGGGAGGCGUCGAUGGUGGUGGUGGGCAGCACGCUGUUGAUCUACGGUGGAGAUGGACCCAGCUACAGCGGGGAUCUCUUCUCCUACGACACCACCAGCUCCUCAUGGUCAGAGCUGACACCCGUGGGUGGCGUACCCCCGACACGCCGGGCGCAUGCUGCUGUGCUCGAUGGCGUGGGGAGGAUGUGGAUCCUUGGAGGCUAUUAUUCAAAUAUCCCACAGUUUGACACCUGGAUCUACGACGUCACGGGGAACUCGUGGUCGCAAGCUGCGGAUGGGCCAUUUCCUCUGAUGUACCACUCCGCAGUCUACGAGCCCUUUGGGACUGGCAUGAUUUGGAUGUUUGCGGGCUCCCCCGUCGGUUCUGGUGGCUGGUUUUCCUCCAAAGAGCUCUGGUGCCUUGACAUCCAAGCGAACACCUGGAGCAACUUCACCCAGCCGGGUGGUCCUGGGGGCCGUCGGAGCCAUGUGGCGGUCUACGCGCAGAGCCAAGGAACGCGUGGUACCAUGUGGAUUCAUGGAGGAUAUUAUUAUGAUGGCUCGGAAACGAAGUACUCUGAUGUUUGGUCUUACGAGAUUGCUGGCAGCACGUGGACGGAAUUCACCAGUAUCAGCAGCAUGGCACGCUACAUGCACGUAGCCGUCUUCGAUAGCUCCACCAGCGUCAUGUGGAUCUAUGCUGGCACCUGGAGCAGUGUAAUGGAUUUGGUGGAUGCCUACUGGACCGUGCCAACAACUACGACCACCACGACAGGGCUACCAGUGAAUGCUGCAGAGGCUUUGACAUCGUUGGAAACUCGACAGGCUCAGAUCGCUGCGGCGCUGCGCAGCGCUGCGUCGAACGUCACCGGCCCCGACGGCGUGACGCUCGACGAGACCGUGGAGGCCACGAGCGGCAGCGCAAGUUUGUCGAAGCGGCUGCUGGCGCCAGCCAGUGGGUUGAGCUUCAGCUACCAAGGGGUGACCGUGGAGCUACCAGGAGCCCUAUUAGAGACGUUGCAAGACGGCUUUGUGCUCAGCCUGGCGUUGAUUGAUUCCAACAGCAGCCUCUUCGAGUUCUUCGAGGCGCCACCUGCGGUGUUGGCUUCGCCCAUGGCGAGCGUGCAGCUUUACACCAGUGAUGGGCUGGGCGUUUCACAACUGGCAGCACCGCUGCUGGUGAGCUUCCCUCGCCCCACACUUGAAGGCCGCUUUCGCCCGCAGUGCGUCUUUUGGGAUGAGGGGCUCCAGGCCUGGUCCAGCGCAGGCGUCUCCUUGGUGAGUGAGUCGGCCGACCAGGUUACAUGUGCUGCUGAGCACCUCUCACUGUUGGCUCUGCUCCUCAUGCCCUUUGCCUGUAGCAACGCUGCAGCAAUUUUCUCACAAGAAGGUGUGGAUUUGCUUCUGGACUUCUCAUGGGCCGGGCAGCUGCCGGCAGUGAUGACCUGGUUCCUGCUCCUAGUGGGACUUGGUUUCUUGAUCUUAGCGCUGUGGCUGGACAAACGACACCAGGCACUGCGACGGAUGCAGUUGAAGCGCUUGGAAACCAGUGAGUUAGUGAAGUACACCAAGAAGACCAGCAUGGAACUGCCUGAGGAGAAGAUCCAGUUUCACCCAGCUACUCUCAAGAAAAUCCUCUUGAAUGCCCUGCACACGAAGAUUUUGAUCUCGGAGCUAGGUGUGGAUUUGGCCUUUCUCAAGCAACUCUACGUCACAGGAGGCUUUUCGCCGGUGCAUGCGGAGGCCAAAGCGCUUCUGGAAAAGUUUUAUGGCUCCAGCCUGCUUGCGAAGAGCGUCUGGUUGUUCCGCAUGCAUUGUUCUUGGUUAAAGUUCUCCCAUCCCAUGAUGCAGAGCACAUCUCUUCAAAGGUCCGCAGAGACCUUGGCGAAGUUUUGGAGUGGUUUAGCGCUGGUGGCCUUAUGGUAUAGCUCCACUGCGUUGGCAGCGCAUCAACCAGCGGACUGCGAUGGGGUCAAAGGGCUGUUGGAGAUGAUCGUGCGCGGCUUCGUUGUGUCCACCGUGGGUGCCAUCGUGGGUCUUUUGCCCGUGCUGGUAUUGAUCAUCAUUCAGCAGAAGGUGAUGAGGAAAAUGGGGCUGGCGGCGGUGAUCGUCUUCUGGAGCUUCAUCGUCUUGUACUUCCUCCUGUCUCUCUUUGUGGUCUUGGUCUUCAUUGCCUCAGUCAGCAGCGCGGACGGCGUGGACUUUUUGGUGGGCGUGCUGACGGCGGUGCUGCGGACGAUUCUGGUGACUCCAUGGCUGGCCGUCAGCUUCUUCUUGCUGGUCAUCGCCUCUGUGGAGGUGGAUGUUGCCAGCAGCCUACCUUUUCAGAGUGUUUCCAAAGAAACCGGCCGAUUUCUUCGCGUGGAUGUCGAGAGUCUUUCGCUGACGUCGCAGGAGUCAGGUCGUUCCUUCUGCUUCAAGUGUCAAGUGUCCGGCUUCGAGCAUGUGAUCACAGUUAAGGAGCAAGAUGCAGAUGCUCCAGGUGUUUCUUUCACCGGCUUGGCAGAGCACCACCUGUUGCUGCUGAGCGUUUACGAAUCGAAAGAGCAGAAUGACUCGUCAACGAAACUGAGUUUGUUUGGCGCCGCGGCAGUGCUUGCGGGUGAGCUGGAGAAGUCGCAGGAGCUCCCUUUGCAAUGUCACGGACAGACCUUGGAGCCCAUGCUCCGCCUCACGGUGACACUCUCUGAGACGGAAGCCAUGGAGUUUCCCACGCUGGAGCAACAAAACGCCACGGCCACCGGCAGCGGUGAGGCUGCCAACCCCGUCGGAAGCGGCGAGGCUGAAGAAGCUGCGGAGGAAAACGUGGAGGUCCAGGUGGUAUCUUUCCGCAGCAAUGACAAUGUGGAUGACGGGAUUCACACGGGAUCCUUUUGACGAAAAGUGACCCCGUGGAUGACAACAUGCGCGGCAGUACUUCCAAGAAGUAGGCUGCCGCAGCAAUGCGCAGAAUUCAGAAUAACCGGUUGGUGCUUCAAGAUGGUUCGCUC